AUGGCAGGAGGAAAUCAUUCUGCACUCAAGGUCUUUAUCUUGGCUGGACUAACAGAGAAACCAGAGCUCCAGCUGCCCCUCUUCCUCCUAUUCAUGGGAAUCUAUGUGGUCAUCGUGGUGGGGAACCUGGGCAUGAUCACACUGAUUGGGCUCAGUUCUCACCUGCACACCCCCAUGUACUAUUUCCUCAGCAGUCUGUCCUUUAUUGAUCUCUGCCAAUCCACUGUCAUUACCCCCAAAAUGUUGGUGAACUUCGUGACAGAGAAGAACAUCAUCUCCUACCCCGAAUGCAUGAUCCAGCUCUAUGUCUUCCUGGUUUUUGUCAUAUCAGAAUGUCACAUGUUGGCUGCAAUGUCCUAUGAUCGCUAUGUUGCCAUAUGUAACCCAUUGCUUUACAAUGUUACCAUGUCUUAUAAGCUCUGUAGUUGGUCAGUAGUUGGGGUAUAUGCCAUAGGCUUGGUUGGUGCCACAGUUCAUACAGUCUGCAUGCUAAAAGUGGUUUUCUGUAAGGCUGAUAUAAUCAAUCAUUACUUCUGUGAUCUUUUUCCACUACUGGAGCUCUCCUGCUCCAGUACUUCCAUCAAUGAAGUAGUAGUUCUGUGCUUCAGUGCAUUUAAUAUCCUUGUCCCAACAGUGGCCAUCCUCAGCUCUUACACCUUCAUCAUUGUCAGUAUCCUUGCCAUUCAUUCAGCCAAAGGCCGGUCUAAAGCCUUCAGCACUUGCAGCUCCCAUAUUUCAGCUGUUGGUGUCUUCUUUGGUUCUACAGCAUUUAUGUACCUACAACCACCAUCUGUCAGCUAA